AGCCCGUUAGAGGGCGUUGGCAUUUACCAGUCGCGUCGCGUGCAACGUUAUAACUUUUCUAGAGAGAGAAAGGGUAACGAUGCAAAAGUAAAAAGACAGAGAGAAUCGGUUAUUUUCUUCUUCUUCUUGUUCGGGAAAUCCAAUCCAAUUUUGUUCGCAGAGAGAAGAUCACAUCACUCAUCACUGUGUUUACAGAACAAGAUUGAUUUUUAAUAAUUUUGAUUUUGAGAGAGUAGAGAUAAUGGAGGUAGAAUUAAAGGAAUUGUUGAAUGAUGUUGAACAGCUCAAGAAUUCUUCAUCAGAUCCAAAUCAUCUUCCUUUGAUUCUUAAGCUGGAGGAACGUAUAGAAAACCUGACGAAUCUUGCGAAAUCAGCAAAUUCUAGGCGGAAUAAAGUGAAGGAUAUGAGUGCUGAAGUAGUAGAUAGCAAUCCGUAUAGCAGACUAAUGGCACUUCAAAGGAUGGGUAUUGUGGAAAACUAUGAAAGAAUACGAGGAUUCUCUGUUGCCAUUGUUGGAAUAGGUGGAGUAGGUAGUGUUGCAGCUGAGAUGCUAACAAGGUGCGGUAUAGGUCGCCUGUUGUUGUAUGAUUAUGAUACAGUAGAGUUAGCUAACAUGAAUAGGCUAUUCUUCCGCCCAGAGCAGUGCGGCAUGACCAAGACAGACGCUGCUGUGCAAACUCUUUCAGAUAUUAAUCCAGACGUCAUACUUGAGAGCUACACAUUGAAUAUUACAACAAUGCAAGGUUUUGAAACAUUCGUGGAGAGCUUGAAGAAUCAAAAAUAUCGUCAAACUAAAAAUGGUACUGGAGUUGAUCUGGUUUUGAGCUGUGUAGACAAUUACGAAGCACGUAUGGUUGUAAACCAGGCUUGCAAUGAGCUGAACCAGACGUGGAUGGAGUCUGGGGUAUCUGAAGAUGCCGUUUCUGGUCAUAUACAAUUGCUUAUUCCUGGGGAAACAGCUUGUUUCGCAUGUGCUCCUCCUCUGGUUGUCGCUUCUGGGGUAGACGAGCGGACAUUAAAACGUGAGGGUGUUUGCGCUGCAUCUUUGCCCACCACAAUGGGUGUUAUUGCUGGUCUUCUUGUGCAAAAUACACUCAAAUACUUGCUAAAUUUUGGUCAAGUAUCCCCAUACUUGGGAUAUAACUCUUUAAAGGACUUCUUCCCAACAAUGGCAAUGAAACCAAACCCACAGUGUUCAAACUCACCUUGUCUGGAUCGGCAGGCUAUUGUGCAGAAGGAUUACAUGCUCACAAAACCAGAAAGGGAUGCUGCAGCUAAGGCGAAGAUGGAGGCUGAAGCAUUAUUAGUAGUAGAAUCCCCCGUUCAUGCUGAAAAUGAGUGGAACAUAAGUGUGGUUGAUGAUGACGACGAGAUGGAGAAGAAGGAUCCUGCUCACAUAAAUUCAGAUGCUCUUCCAGCAGGUCUUGUUCGUGAACUUCCAAGUGCGGAUGACUUCCAAACUUUACCAGUUCCAGCAGAAGAAACAAGCAAUCCUAUUGACGAUCUUGAGGAACUCCGUCGCCAACUUGAUGCCCUUAAUGCGUAACCCUUAAAACCAACCACGAGCCUUGUUAUUUAUCAUAGCUAACCUUUUUGUUAUACCAAAAACAAAAUCACAAAAGCAGGCAUAGUUUUUGAUAGUUUUCACAUGAGAAAAUACCUUAUUUCUGUUUGCUACUAGAGUAGGCGAGGUAGGCUUUAAAGACGAUGGUUUUGGAUGCUUGCCAUCCAUCAAAAGUUAUGGAAGUCACUCUUACCUCAGGUUACAGAUUCUGAUUUUACA